AUGCAGUCAAUGCAGGAAACAGCUGCCAAUGCAGGGGCCUCCGCUAAGGCUGUCUUGGAGAAGGCCAAGGCCUCCGUGCAGGAAAAGGUGGACAAAAUGAAGACCAGAAACCCUAAUGAGAAAGAGAUGGCGAGAGAGAGGAAGGAAGAGAGAAAAGAACUAGCAGAGCAGAUGAAACAAGAGGCCCGGGAUCAAACCGCAACAGCUAGGCAAGCUGGUGGUGGCUACACCACGGGUGGCGGGUACAAUAGAGGCGACGCUCGUGGCUACGGCGACGUCAACCUUGGCUACACUACCACGGGUGCUGGCUAUGACGAGGGCAGGAACGUUGGCUACGGUGGCAACGUCGGCUAUGAUGGCAAUGUUGGCUAUGCUGGAGACACAACAGGUGGUUACACUUAUUCGACAACUGGGAGCCAAGAUUACCGAAGUGGGGAAUACGAGGGUAGGAACUGGGAGGAGCGGGAGCCUAACAAUGCUGCAGGGACGACUAGAAGGAACACCCGCUUGGCUGGGGAUGAUCCAUAUGGACCAUAUCAUUGA